AGCCACGGCCGCCGCUGUCAUGGACGCCUGGGUCCGCUUCAGCGCUCAGAGCCAGGCUCGGGAGCGGCUGUGUAGGGCUGCCCAGUAUGCAUGCUCCCUUCUUGGCCAUGCACUGCAGAGACGUGGGGCCAGUCCUGAGUUACAGAAGCAGAUUCAACAACUAGAGGGUCAUCUGAGCCUUGGACGAAAGCUUCUUCGCCUGGGCAACUCAGCCGAUGCUCUCGAGUCAGCUAAAAGAGCUGUGCACCUGUCAGAUGUUGUCCUGAGAUUCUGCAUCACGGUUAGUCACCUCAAUCGAGCCUUGUACUUCGCAUGUGACAAUGUCCUAUGGGCUGGAAAGUCUGGACUAUCCCCCCGUGUGGAUCAGGAAAAGUGGGCACAGCGCUCAUUCAGGUACUAUCUCUUUUCCCUCAUCAUGAAUUUGAGCCGUGAUGCUUAUGAAAUUCGCUUACUCAUGGAACAAGAGUCUUCAGCUUGUCACCGGAGACUGAAGGGCUCUGCAGGAGGAGUCCCAGGAGGACUUGAAACUGGAGGAUCUGGAGGACCAGGAACUCCAGGAAGAGGCCUGCCUCAGCUGGCUCUGAAGCUUCGGCUCCAACUGUUGCUCCUGGCUCGGGUCCUUCAAGGUCAUCCCCCACUUCUGCUGGAUGUGGUUAAAAAUGCCUGUGAUCUCUUUAUUCCACUGGACAAAUUAGGCCUCUGGCGCUGUGGCCCUGGAAUUGUGGGGCUCUGUGGCCUUGUGUCCUCCAUCCUGUCAAUUCUCACCCUAAUCUACCCCUGGUUACGACUCAAGCCUUGACACUAUGGGACCUGAACUGGUGAAGUGGAAUUUUAAAUCAUCCCCCAUGUAUUAGCCUCAUUUUAAUUAUACUUCUUGAGUAGUUAAAAUGCUGAAUUUCUAGGGAGAAGAUUUGAGGAAGAUGAGGUAAAGACAGUUGGCUUGUCAAUAGAAUGAUUCUGAUACCCAGAUAAACCUAAGCUUUUAUUCUUUCCUCAUUGUCUGAAGUGCUCCUGACAUUUUAUCACCCCAAGUCUAUACUUUAUAGUUUAUCUGCUCUGCCCCCUGUACAGGAAUAUAAAUGAAGAUGCUUUUUAAUAAAGAAGGUAUCAAAUUUGAUUUGUAGCCAGGGGUAUAGCUCAGCAGCACAGCGCCUGCCUGGCAAGUGCAAGGUCCUGAGUUCAAUUUCUGGUUCCC